AAUAUAAGUGCUCCUCCAGCUUCAAUUUAAUUAUCUUUAUUUUUUUUUAAUAUUUGAUAAUUCUGUAAUUUCAGUAUUAUACAUGGGUUUAUUUAAAAGGAACAUUUUCGUUCAUUAUAUAAGAGUGACGCAGUAAUCAAGAAACCGCCUUGUUAAGGGGCGUUGCACAUUUACUAUUGCAGGGGUUUGAAUUUGGAGUGUCAGUAAUCAGUGGAAAUGCAAAGCGAAUUCGAUCGUCUCCUCUUCUUCGAACACGCUCGCAAGACUGCUGAAACCACCUAUGCUAAGAAUCCCCUUGAUGCUGAUAACUUGACGAGAUGGGGAGGUGCCUUAAUGGAAUUGUCACAGUUCCAGCCUGUUCCUGAAUCCAAGAAGAUGAUUUCCGACGCUACUUUAAAAUUGGAGGAAGCAUUGGAGAUUAAUCCACAAAAGCAUGAUGCAUUGUGGUGUUUGGGGAAUGCACAUACAUCUAUUGCAUUUUUAAUUCCUGAUCACGAUGAGGCUAAGACUUACUUUGACAAGGCAGUUCUGUGCUUCCAGCAGGCAGCUGAUGCGGAUCCAAGCAAUGACCUUUACUGCAAAUCUUUGGAAGUUUCUGCUAAGGCUCCGCAGUUGCACAAGGAGAUCCACAGACAUGGUCCGAUGCAACAAGCUAUGGGACCGGGACCUUCAAUUUCAACGAGUACAAAGAGUUCAAAGAAGAAGAAGAGCAGUGAUCUCAAGUAUGACAUAUUUGGCUGGAUAAUACUUGCUGUUGGCAUCGUCGCGUGGGUGGGUUUUGCGAAAUCCAAUGUUCCGCCUCCCAGAUAAAACCAGAAUAUACCUCUGCAGGGAAAAAGUACAUGCUAUAGGUCUCCCUGCAUAAACACAGUGCUAGGUGUUCAUGCUUGCCAUUUAGUUGUUACUAAUAAUUAGGACUUUUACUGGUGUAAUAGCUUAAGACAGACUUCUGUAAUUAGUUUCUUCCAGACUUGCUGUAGGCUUUGUCCCAGCAUU